AUGGGAGGAGGAGAAGGAGGUGAGGUUCAGCUGAGAACAGACCCUGGAACCUCAUCGUCUACAUGCUUGCUUGCCCACCCGCCUGGCCUUGCCUUGUCUCUGCCUGCACCGCACUGCUUCGUUGCUUUGCUUGCUACGACGGUGGAAUUUGUCAAAUUCGUCUCCCCUGACUAUGAUAUGGAAUGCCAAGCAACAUCAACAAAGCAAGCCUUUCACUUCUUCACCCUUUCCACUUUCCUUACCUAUCUCAGCCCCGUUCCCUCAAGCUCGAAUCUCUCAUUCAAAAUGCGCUCCCAAUUGCUCCUCGUCGCCGCCCUGGCUGCUACCGUCUCUGCCCACGGCACGCUGAUGUCCGUCGAGGGCGCCAACGGCGUCACCAUGCCCGGUCUCACCAUCGCUGAUGGAACCCCCCGUGACUGCUCCUCCAACGGCUGCGGCUCUCAGGCCGACACUGCCAUCAUCCGUGACCGCGAGAUCGCCUCCGGUGAGGUUGGCCCUCUUGGCCGCACUCAGGGCAACGGCCCCGUUGACGCCUCCGUGAUGGUCAACAACUUCAUGGGUGGUGCUGCCGCCCCCAAGAACAACGGCGCCGCAUCUGGCACUGGUGUCGAGGACAACAUCCCCAACAUGAAGCGCGCCGAGCUCUACGCUCGCCAGGGUCUCGCCGGCCUCUUCGGUGGCGGUGGCAAGAACAAGGGCAACAAGCAGAGCGGUCCCCCCGAGGCCCGCGUCGCCGCCACUGCCGGCAUGGGUGCCUCCCAGGGCAUGCCCACCGCCGCCGAUGAUGGCACCAUUUCCAUGACCUUCCGCCAGAUCAACCAGGAUGGCGCCGGUCCUAUGACCGCCGAUGUCGACGGCACCUCCGGCGGCACCAAGGAGGAGGCAUUCCAGAGCGCCCAGGUCACCACUGACGUCCCGGGCCUCGGCGUCCAGGGUCUGUCCCUUGCCACCAACACCGACUUCCCCAUCAAGGUCCAGAUGCCCGCUGGCAUGACCUGCGACGGCACGGUCGGCAUGGCCUCCAACGUCUGCGUCGUACGUGUCCGCAACGGUGCUGGUGCCGGUCCCUUCGGUGGCUCUGCUGCCUUCACCCAGUCCGCCGCCGGCCGCAAGCGCGCCAUUGCCUACCGUCUCAAGAAGCGCAUGGAGCUCAACAACCGCGCAUAA